AUGAGUACAGUUGGUGUUCCGAUCAAACUGCUUUUUGAAGCAGAGGGAAUGAAAAUAACCGUUGAGAUGAAGAACGGAGAAAUAUACAGGGGACUUCUGGUUGGGGCGGAAGACACGAUGAAUGUUUCUUUGUCCGAUGUACUACGGACUGCGCGAAAUGGAAAGAUCACUAAAAUGCCAAAUGUUUACCUUCGUGGGUCCUCUAUAAGAUUUAUUGCGUUACCGGAUCUUUUGAAGUCUGCGCCGAUCUUUCAAAAGGUC